CGAACUCACGACCUUGCGCUUGCCAGGCAGGCGCUUUGCUGCUGAGCUAAAUCCCCAGCCCCCAAGGAAGCCUUCUAAUCACAUUCAGCCCCCAGGAUUCAGGAUGCUCCUGAAUGCUCAGCAGCUUGACAAGGGCAAGUUACUCCCCAGCCUUUAGGUGGGAGCUGGAGCCCUGGCCCAGGCAAAGCAAUCCUGGGCCACAGGCCCCUUGAAGAUUUUCCUCCUACCUCACAGGAGAUGCCAUCACCCAAAGGCAACCCGGAAUGGGAUGGUGGCUUCAAGAGGUCACCAGAAGUCCCCACUGGAAUCCUCUCUGCCCCUCCCUUUCAGAUUAACUGAAACCUGCUAAUUGUGGCAGCCCUUGCAUGCUCCCCUCCCCCACAGCCUCUUCCUCUCUUUCCCCUCCCCCUUCCAUAAGAAUGAUAAAGGGUCUGGCCCGCCGGCUCUGACCCGGCCUCCGGCUCCGGCCCAAACUUGCCACACUCUCUGGCAGCCCUGAACCUCCUCUAAGCCAGGCUUUGGACCACGCUGCCAGCCCCCACACCCACAUGGGGCCCUGCAGCAACACCCACCUGGGGCUCCUGGAGGCAGAGUCACCCUCAAAGCCCCCCAAGAGGAGGAAGAAAAGAUACCUGCGACAUGACAAACCCCCGUACACCUACUUGGCCAUGAUCGCCUUGGUGAUUCAGGCUGCACCUUCCCGCAGGCUGAAGCUGGCCCAGAUCAUCCGGCAGGUCCAGGCCGUUUUCCCCUUCUUCAGGGAUGACUAUGAGGGCUGGAAGGACUCCAUUCGCCACAACCUUUCCUCCAACCGAUGCUUCCACAAGGUGCCCAAGGACCCUUCGAAGCCCCAAGCCAAAGGCAACUUCUGGGCAGUUGAUGUGAGCCUGAUCCCAGCGGAGGCACUGCGCCUGCAGAACACCGCCCUGUGCCGGCGCUGGCAGAACCGGGGCACGUGCAGAGCCUUCGCCAAGGACCUAAGCCCCUAUGUGCUGCACGGCCGGCCCUACAGGACACCCAGUCCUCAGCCACAGCCCAGCGAGGGCUUCAGCAUCAAGUCCCUGCUAGGGCAACCUCAGGAGGAGGCACCCUGGCCCCAGCAGCCUAACCCAGCUAGACAGUGCAGCCCAGCUCAGGCAGGCCUGGGGUGCAGUGGGGAGGAGGUGGUGCCCACUCCACCACUUCCCUCCUCUGAGAGGCCUCUAUGGCCCCUCUGCCCUCUCCAGGGGCCCACAACAGUGGAGGGGGACACUUCCCAAGGAACAGUCAUUGGGCCCUCGACACUGUCCCCACAACCCACAACCUGGCCCCUCCAUGUACUACAGGGUAGUCUAGACCCUGGGGGGCUGCCCAGUGGGGAAUGCAGAACCUCUUUGUGGGGACAGCUGCCCACCUCCUACUUGCCCAUUUAUACCCCCAAUGUGGUAAUGCCCUUGGCCCCACUGCCACCCACUUCCUGUCCCCAAUGCCCACCUUCAACCAGUCCAGCCUAUUGGGGGGUUGCCCCUGAGUCUGGAGCUUCCCCGGGGCUGCUGUGGGAUCUCGACUCCCUCUUUCAGGGGGUGCCACCCAACAAAAGUAUCUAUGAUGUGUGGGUGAGCCACCCUCGGGACCUGGCUGCCCCUGUCCCAGGCUGGCUGCUCUCCUGGUACAGCCUGUGAAGUUCCCAGGACAGGGGC